UGUUUAUAAUGAGAUGGGCUAAGCCAUCGUUAGCACGCACGUGAUGAGCUCAACACAUUAAGGGAAAAAUAAAAAGCAAAGGUUGCAACCACCAGGAAGAUUAAAAGGCUUUUUCCCAUAAGCUUCUCUUCAAGUGUGAGAUGAGACAGCCAGCGCCACUAGACCUGCAACCACGCGGGCCUACCGCCAAAUACCAGGACGCCUCACCUCCAGGGGGGCGGGGCGGCCUUCACGUCACUCAGUUUCCCAGAAGCCAGCGCACGGCUUGGACUAGAUUAAAAAAAAAAAAAAAAAAAACAGGCGGGAGCGAGGCGGGCUGCUCCAGUCAGUCCAGUGUAGCAGUUGGUUCCGUGGGCUGUCGCCUUUUCUCCGCCCAGCUCUUGUUAUACUGCUCCGCAGGCAGCUUCUGUGCGUGGACGCUGAAGCACUCAGACCCUAGCUUGCUUCCUCCGGAAGGCGAUGAGAGAGGCUGUGGAGGGCCAAGAGGCCCCUAAGGCCUUGGGGGGUAGGGUGGCAAUGUGGCCGCUACGGGUGUAUACCCGCAAGAAGCGGGCUGGCCAGAGGCUCAACCUAACCCCGACGCCGGAGCUAGGCCCCACCGUGAAGGCGGAGGCCCCUCCAGGUCCAGACAGAAGGCACUCUGCGCACUGCCUGAAAGGAGAAGCGCCCUGUUUGCCGAAGAUCUCAGAGAAAGCCGAGUGGAGUGGGCGGGGAGUUAGCCGCUCUAGGCCGCCGAGCACUCAGUUAAGAGUUACAGGACAGAAAAGCCUGCGUGGAAAUAGCACUAGUGAAGAGCCCUGGGAUGAGAAGAUUGCUCCAUUGAGUGAGUCAAUGACUGAUGACCUCCAGGUUGACAGUAGUUCAUCGAGUAGUGAGCUAGUAUCAGGACAAAGUUUGCAGCAUGAUAUUUCUAGUUCUCUUCUGAGCUAUUCAUUCACAGACUCUUACACGGAAUGCAAGAGUUUUGAAGAGAGUUUAAGUAGUUUCCCAUCACCUGAACUCUUCAGAGGAUCAGAUUAUUUAGAUUGGAAAUGUCCCAGGUUGGAAGAACACCUGCAAUGCAAGAAUUCCACUCUUCUGGAUACCAGUAAAGCAAUAGCAAUAGAGAAGGUACCACAGUUUUCAGACCUCUCUGCAAUUUUAGGUCCCUCUUCAGAAGACUAUCAGAAAUGCCAUAGAGAAAUAGUGAUGACAUUAACCGACCAAAAUAUUUCUCAGAAACCAAAGAGUACUUUGCAUUCAGAAUCAGAUAAUGCAGCUUGUGAAGUUUUACUUGCCGAGAAAACUUACCCUUCAGCACCUGAAAAAACAAAGAAAAAACCUGAAAAAGAUCCUGAACAUACAGAUAAAAAUUUUCAAGCAAAGUUAAGUUCUCGUCAUCUAAAAAUCAAGGUUCCAUCAUCUCACCAGAGAUCUGUUAUUGAAACCAGUGCAGGUGAACCAGUUACCAACGUUCUUUUGCCUCAGUCCAUGGAAUCUGCAUCGAGUACAAAUUCUAGUACUCCUGAUAAGAAAAGCAGAGACCUCUUAACAAGUACUCCAUCUUCGCAAACUGCUGGUUUAGUGAUUGAUUUGUCCUCAGUGCAGAGAGCAUCUUUUGAAGAACUAUUUCCAAAUGUCAGCACUUAUGUUAAUUCAAAUGAAAUUUUUCCAGUGUCAAGUUUGCAAGAAAAUUCUUCAAAUGAGUUUCCUUCAAAUAAAUCAGAAAUAUGUUGUAUUAUUAGAGCAACACCAGGAAAUAGACAAGUGAAAAGUAAAGGUGUUGUUGUAAAGAAGAAGAAAUAUUCUCCACCUAAAGAUAUUCCCCAAGAUAUUAUAAUAAAAACAAAUGGCAGGAUGUAGCAGCUGUGGCUGAAUUUUCACCACUUUGAAGAUAUGCAUGAAUGUGAAGCCAAAGUCCAUAAAGCAGAAUAUCUGCCUGAAAUUAUAUGUAAUUCAAAAAUCAAAAUUCUCUAUUUGUGAUAUAUCCUGGUGUUUAAAUUCUACCAAGAUUCUUAUAAUUUAGUCUGUAAAGAGACAUUCUUCUGUAUCUUCUUAAAUAUGUGUAUUUGUAUUGUAAAAUAAGAAUAAAUAUCUUAAAAGACUGUACACUAACUAGGUAUUUUAGCUGUUUAUAAAAAGCCAAGUACCAGAAUACUGUGUAACUUCCUUUGUGUUUUUCCCAAAGUUUGUCCUCUGUAUGAAUUAAAAGUAUUAAAGUUGUUGAAGCACUAAAAAUGAAAA